AUGCAUACACUUUCGUCAAUCACCAUGCAUGGCUUAGCAAGGGCCGGUACAGCAGGCGCCUUCUUGGUGUCCCUCGUGAGCGCUUCGUUCGAUAGUAACCUCAACUAUGACAGUCCAUCCAAGCACGGGCGGCAUAUCAACCUGGGUGUUAAUGUCCCCAAGGUUACGAGACGUGCCUUCAAACGAGAUGCUAUAGCUUAUAAGGCCGAAGAGCUGAACUUCACUCAUGGCGUUGCUUCUGGGGAUCCAUGGCCUGAGAGUGUGAUCUUAUGGACUCGAGUCGCACCUAAUUUAGAUUCAGACCGGAGCAAUAUUACAGUACAGGGCACAGUAGAUCUCUACAACCACGAAACGGAGAAAUAUAUCAAGGCUAGCGCCAAUCCGAUUUGUGUUCAGUGGAAGGUCUUUGGGUCGAGUGAGUCCAAAUAUCCGACCAACGACAGCAACGUCGUGUCGCAGGGUCAGGCGUAUACCACAAGCGAUAUCGACUACACAGUCAAGGUUGAAGCCACUGGCUUGCAACCAUUUUCGACUUAUAACUACCAAUUCAAUAUUUGUAACACCAACAUCACCAGCCCGCUCGGUCGCACUAAAACCACCCCUGCUGCGGAUGAUGAUGUGUCAGAGCUGAAGUUUGCAGUAUUUAGUUGCGCCAACUACCCAAAUGGUUACUUUAACGUAUAUGGAAAUGCGGCGAGAAAGGAUGAGCACGAUUUCGUCAUCCAUCUUGGUGACUACAUUUAUGAGAAUGGCAACAAGGGCGAGCGUGCCCACAAACCCGCCAAUGUUCUCUUUAGCUUGUGGGAUUACCGCACCCGUAUCGGCCAAUACCGUACUGACCCAGACCUGCUUCUCUUAACACAGAAUUUUGCCUGGAUCCCGACCUGGGAUGACCACGAAGUGGCCAAUAACGGCUACAGAGAUGGCUUCAGCGCUCUGAACAACACCGAGGAGUCUUUCCGGAAUGAUGGCCCCAACAUCAGUGUAGACCAGCGCAAGAUGAACGCUGUCCGUGCAUAUUUCGAGUGGAUUCCCAUUAGACAGAUUGAUCUUGACGAUAAUUUGCGUGUGUGGAGAUCGUUCCAGAUGGGCAAGCUGGCUGACCUGAUCAUUCUUGACACCCGUAACUACGACCGAAGCAUUACCUCUCUGGAUUGGAAUGACGACUACAUCCAGAUCAUUAAGGAUGAAGCCUCACGUUCUCUCAUGGGCUCACAUCAGGAGAAAUGGUUUUAUAACCAGCUCACAGUAUCGUCAGAAAGAAACGCCACCUGGCGAGUGAUUGGAGAUCAGAUCAUCUUCUCUCGCAUCAGAGAGUCUUUUGGCUGGAACGGCGACAACUGGAAUGGCUACCAAGCCAACCGAAAUCGCACAUUCCAGCAUCUGUAUGACAACAAUAUCCAGAACAACCUGUUCCUGGCUGGAGACAGUCACCAGAAUUGGGUGUCUGACCUUGCGUGGGUUGGUACCAAAGACUACAACAACGGUACUGGUGCGGGUGCCAUAGGAGUCGAGUUUGCCGGAACUGCUGUGGCUUCCUCAGGAGCAAGCGGCAACAUAUUGACGACCAGAGCUGCGGCUCAGACUCGUCUCGACGAUGAGUGGAAUUCUGAGUUACAGUGGCAGGACGGUUAUUACCGUGGUUAUUUCCUCCUCAGCUUGACCCCUGAACAGGCCACUGCUGAGUUUUACGGUUCUCCGAGUGUUGCCUUAAGGAACCCGUGGAAUCUACCACUCGCAAACUUCACGGUUCUGAGCGGCGACAACCGAUUGUCGCGUCCGAUUGCUGGCGGUUCAGUUGAAGCUGGUGCUUUGCGCGGUGGCCAGGUCAACCCCACCAAUUUGACAUUGAAUACUGAAACAGGCGAAUGGGAAAUCAUUGGAUUCCCCAAGAUGUACAUUACUAGUACCAGUUCUUAA